GACUCAGUGUUUAUACCGAUUAACAGAGUAAAAUGGGUGAACGAAAAGCUGUAAUAAAGAAUGCCGAUAUGCAUGAAGAAAUGCAAGAAAGUGCUGUACACACAGCCGCUGCUGCACUUGAUAAAUAUGAGAUUGAAAAAGAUAUUGCUGCUUAUGUAAAAAAAGAAUUUGAUCGUAAAUAUAAUCCGAAUUGGCAUUGUAUUGUAGGAAAACAUUUUGGCAGUUAUGUAACACAUGAAACACAACAUUUCAUCUACUUCUAUUUACAAGAACGAGCAUUCCUUCUCUUCAAAUCCGGUUAGAAGAAGAUAUGAUUAACAAAUCCCGCAGAAAAAAAAAAAACUUGUAGUUCAAUUCAAAUAUGUACUAGUUAGCAUACAAUAAUGUUUAAAUGAAUUGUUAAAUCGUAUGAUUUAACCGUUUUUUCAUUCAAAUGCAAGAAAAAAAAUACAGUGGCAUUUUUGUACUAUGUCUAAACACCAUGUAAUUUGUUUAAAAAAUGAGUAAAUAAAUUUGUUAAUAAAAUUUCUUUGAUC